AUGGAAGGAGGAGAGCUGGGACCACUGGCCUCCCUCUCCAUCACCCACGUCUACUAUGACCCAGACGAUCGCCUCUCUCUGGCAUGCGCCUACCUCGCCCUCCUCCCCCAGGCCCUGUGCGUAGUCUACGUCACCCUGAUCAUGUCCACGCGCGAGGUCGAGAUCGCCCUGACCUUUCUGGGGCAGCUGGCCUGCGAGGCCCUCAACUUCGUCCUGAAGCGCCUCAUAAAGGAGGAGAGGCCGGCCCGCAUACACGGUAAGGGGUACGGCAUGCCAUCCUCCCAUGCUCAGUUCGUCGCCUUCUGGAGCGCCUCGGUCGCUCUUUUCCUGUUCUUCAGACAUCGUUCACCUACCACAUCCUCGACCUCUGCCGCAUCCACUUCCACUUCCUCCUCGACCGCUGCCACGGCAACUGCUGCUGCUCCUCCUCCUCCUCGGAAGCAUCCCCGUCAGGCACACCAUAGACCUUGGUCCACGGCGGACAAGGCGAUCCUCACCCUCGCUUCGGGACAGCUGGCCGGUCUGGUGGCCUGGAGCAGGGUAUACCUCAACUACCACACCACGAGACAGGUCGUGGCCGGCGGCCUGACGGGCGUGGCCUGCGCCGUGGCCUGGUUCGUCGUCACCGCCGUCGCGCGCAGGUCCGGCUGGCUGGCCUGGGCCGUGGAUCUGCCCGUCUUCAGGAUGGCCAGGGUGCGCGAUCUCAUCGUCGAGGAGGACAUGUGUCAGGCUGGAUGGGAGAAGUGGGAGGCCAGGAGGAUGCAGGAGGCUAAGAAGGAGAGUUGA